AUGUCAAAGCUAGAAAUAGAUGUAGAUGGAGGAAUUGACCAAGACAUCUUUGACAUCAAUGAAGCUUUAGGACUAGACCUUUUCGAGGGAGACAUCAAACUUCAUGGGAUGCAGGAACGAAACUCCAUCAUUGGUGACAAAUAUCGGUGGCCCCAUGUUAUCCCCUAUGUCCUUGAGGACACCCUGGAAAUUAAUGCUAAGGGAGUCAUCCUCAAGGCCUUUGAACAGUAUCGACUGAAAACCUGUAUUGACUUCAAACCUUGGAAUGGGGAGAAGAAUUACAUAUCUGUGUUCAAGGGAGAUGGCUGCUGGUCCUCAGUGGGAAACCAAAACAUGGGGUUGCAGCAGCUCUCCAUUGGACCCAACUGUGACAGGAUUGGAACAAUCCAGCAUGAGUUUCUGCAUGCCCUGGGAUUCUGGCAUGAGCAGUCAAGGUCUGACCGCGAUGACUAUGUGACCAUCGUCUGGGACCGGAUUCAGUCUGGUAAAGAACAUAACUUCAAUAAAUAUGAUGAUAAAACAUCAGACUUCCUGAAUGUUCCCUAUGACUAUAAUUCUGUGAUGCACUACAGCAAAACUGCAUUCAGGAAUGGCACUGAGCCCACCAUCGUCACUAACAUACCAGACUUCAUGGAUGUGAUAGGACAGCGAAUGGAUUUCAGUGAUUAUGAUCUCCAGAAACUGAACCAGCUGUACAACUGCUCCUCCUCCCUAAGUUUCAUGGACACGUGCAGUUUUGAACUUGAAAAUAUAUGUGGCAUGAUUCAAAGUUCAAAUGAUAGCAGUGACUGGCAGCGUUUGUCUCAGGUUCCUGCUGGGCCAAAUACAGAUCACACUAAUAUGGGAGAAUGCAAAGAUUCCGGCUACUUCAUGCAUUUCGACACCAGCACUGGAGCAGAAGGACAGACAGCUGCCCUGGAGAGCCGACUUCUGUAUCCCAAAAGGGGCUUUCAGUGCUUACAAUUCUAUUUAUAUAACAGUGGUCAUGAAAGUGAUCGGCUUUAUGUCUGGGUCAAGGAGUACACUUCAGCCUAUCCAAAUGGCACUUUGAGUUUCGUUGAAGAGAUAAAAGGUUCACCUGAGGCUUACUGGCAGCUCCAUCAUGUUUCUUUGCAUGUCACAAGUAAAUUCCGGGUCGUGUUUCAAGGCGUGAGAGGAAAUGGUUUAUCAAAUGGAGGCCUCUCUAUAGACGACAUCAACUUGUCAGAAACUCAGUGUCCCCACCACGUCUGGCAUAUCAGAAAUUUCACACAUCUCCUCAACACAAGUCCAGCAGGGGAAGCAGGAAAGAUAUACAGUCCACCUUUUUACUCUAGUAAAGGAUAUGCUUUUCAGGUCGCCUUGUAUGUAAAUGGUACCACUAAUAGCCCAUUUAAUUUAGGAAUAUACUUUUCCUUGAUUUCUGGAGCAAAUGAUGAUCAUUUGCAAUGGCCCUGUCCAUGGCAACAAGCUACCAUGACUCUGCUCGACCAGCAUCCUGAUAUUCGUCAACAGAUGUCAAAUCAAAGAAGUGUAACAACAGACCCUACAGAAUUAACAGGUUAGUCAAAACCAGACAUGCUGUCCAAUUAUUUUUGGGAUAGGCCCGGUAAAGUGGGAUCCACAGCAACUUUUCCCAAUGGAACUACAUUCAAGAGAGGUCCAGCAGUUGGAACAAGUGCAUUUUUAACUCAUGAGAGACUUAGAAGAUACAACUAUAUUAAAGAAGAUAGUGUUUAUAUUCUUUUAACAGUGGAAGAUAUAUCACAUCUACUCUUAACUCAGCCCACUACUGCUGCGACAGACAAACCUACCCCUACCCCCACCAACAAGCCCAUUCACACCACGACCACCACUGCACCCACCACCACCAGCAACGGGGUAGAAAAGCCAGAGACAGAGGUUCCGAAUUUCUGCUCAUACAACCCUUGCGAAAAUGAUGGUGUCUGUGUUAUAGUAAAUAGUGCACCAGUGUGCAGAUGUCCAGCAGGUUCAGACUGGUGGUACAUGGGAGAAAAGUGUGAAAGGAAAGGCUCAACUAAAGAAAAUACUGUAAUAGCUGUUUCUUCAUCCAUAGCUGUAUUUGUUGUUAUGCUUAUUGUCACUAUCACAACCGCAGUGUGCAUUAAAAAGAAAUACAAAAAUGGGAAGAAAACAAGGGAGAACAUGACUCUGGAAGAGGUCUACCCGAACAUGAAGAAAACAUGUAAAACUGCAUCCUCACUUUCAAUCAACCCAGUGAAGUUUUCAAUCUAUCAUGAUCCAAAUGUCUAUAAUAAAGGGAAGCUGGACCCUGUAUUUACAGGGUACCCAGCAGUUCUGAGUCCUGCUACAGCUGUCAGUCAGUAG